AGUGUGGAUGUGACGUGACGCUUAUAUUUGCGUUCGUCAGGUUGAAGCUCUAGUCUAGCAGGAAGAAGGAAUUGCGUGAGACAUUCACAGCUGGGUGAAUUAAAUCAUAUCUGAAUCUGUUACAGUGACAGGAAGCGACACAAAGAUGUCUGUUGCCGGACUGAAAAAACAGUUUUAUAAAGCGAGUCAGUUGAUGAGUGAGAAGGUGGGAGGAGCCGAGGGGACUAAACUGGAUGAGGACUUCAAAGACCUAGAAAGGAAGGCUGACAUUACCAGUAAAGCCAUAGCAGACGUGCUCUGCAAAACCACAGAAUAUCUGCAGCCUAACCCAGCAUCACGAGCAAGAUUGACGAUGGUGAACACCAUGUCUAAGAUGCGCGGGCAGGUGAAAAGCCCAGGUUACCCGCAGGCGGAGGGACUUCUGGGCGAGUGUAUGCUCAAAUAUGGCCAAGACAUGGGAGAAGACACCAACUUUGGUGGCGCUUUAGUGGAGAUGGGAGAGGCCAUGAAGAGACUGGCAGAAGUGAAAGACUCUCUGGACAUUGAUGUCAAACAGAACUUUAUCGACCCUUUCCAAACGAUAGUCGACAAGGACUUAAAAGACAUACAGCAUCACCUAAAAAAACUGGAGGGCCGGCGACUGGAUUACGACUACAAAAAGAAGCGUCAGGGGAAGAUUUCAGACGAGGAGCUCAGGCAGGCGGUGGAGAAGUUCCAAGAGUCCAAAGAUGCAGCAGAAUCCAGCAUGCAGAAUCUUCUGGAUACUGAUGUGGAGCAGGUGAGUCAACUUGCAGCUCUUGUAGAAUCUCAACUGCAGUUUCACAGACAAUCUGUGGAGGUCCUGGAGGAGUUGGCUGAGAAGAUGAGACAAAGAGUAAACCGGGCCCAGUCUCAGCCCCGGCAGAAACGAAUGCCCGUGUCCAGACCCAGUUUUGAUUACUCCGAACCCGAAGACUCUAAUGGAGGCUGGAACCCUUCAGCUUCCCCAUCUAUCUACCCAUCUGCAGCUGCCCCCUCCUUCAACAGGACAUCUGCACAGCAAAAACGUAAUUCAACGGAUCAGGCAUGUUGCAAAGCUUUGUACGACUUUGAGCCAGAGAACGACGGAGAGCUGGGAUUCUACGAGGGCGAUAUUAUCACGCUAACCAAUCAAAUAGAUGAGAACUGGUACGAGGGAACCGUGCAUGGCCAGACGGGAUUAUUCCCCUGUAACUACGUUGAGGUGAUGGUGCCCCUGUAAAACUGAUCAGACAGCCAAAAAAAAAAAAGAGAAAAAAAAAAAAUGGACAGAUGAGGGGGAAGUGUGUUAAACUUGUGUUUCACUCUGAGCACUUUAAUUUCUUGAAAGAACCAUUGGGUUGUUACUUCUUUACUGAUGGUUGAGGUCCAGCUUUGUAGUUUUGUCUUAGUAUAACACUGUCUUUUACUACAGUAAAAUAAACAUCACUCCAAAGUAUCCAAAAGGUAAAUGUUUUGUCUUGGUAUGGGAGUCAAAUGGAUUUUAUUUUCAUAUUCGUUUUUCAUAAAAGUGAUUAGUUCUUGCAAAUUCAGUCACACAACACCUUUCCUGGAAGAUAUGUUUUAAUAGCUUGUGUUGGUAAUCACUGCCCUCUAGUGACCAGAUUUGACUACAACAAUUCUUGAUGUUUGCUGGCAUUUGUCAAUCAUGACUCAUGGCUCUUUCUGAUUGGUGAAGUGCCUUCUUAUACAUAACAUUUCAGCUAUGAAUAUAACUUGUACUACAAAAUGCAGUUGUUUUGAACAUGUUAGAUUAAGAUUAAUCCAUGUGAAUCACAUGAAUAAUUAGCGAACUAUUUCUCAUUGGCAUUAGUUUGCGCAAAUCAAUCAACACUUUAGUUGUGCUUGGGAUUAGGUCAACCUUGGCUUUAAUGGAAUGUAAUGUUCAUAAUAAACGAACAACAUAAUUAGGAAAUGUUUCAUACAAAAUCGUGUCCUCACAUGAGCCUUAAAGGUAUAGUUCAGCCAAAAAGGAAAACUCUCUCAUCAUUUACUCACUCUUAUGAUAUCACAGGCGUGUAUGACUUUCUGUCUUCUGCAGAAUACAAAUGAAGAUUUUUAGUAGAAUAUCUCCACUCUGUAGGUCUAUACAAUGCAAGUGAAGGGUGACCUGAACUUUGAAGGUCCUAAAAGCACAUAAAUGCAGCAUAGAAGUAAUCCACACGACUCCAGUGGUUAAAUAUAAAUGUCUUCAGAAGCAAUCCAAUUGUUUUUGUGUGAGAACAGACCAAAAUAUAACUAAUUUUGGUCACCUUUUAUUUGCAUUGUAUGGACCUACAGAGCUGAAAUAAAAUAUUAAGUUUUUGUGCAGCAGAAGAAAGUCAUACACAUCUGAGAUGGCAUGAGGAGGAGUAAAUGUUGAGAGUUUCUUUUUUUUUUUUUUUUUUGGCGAACUAUCCCUUUAAAAAUAAAAUCUGCUCACUGGAAAUGGUGAUUAUGUAAAGCAGGUUGAAUCCAGCUGUUUGAUUAAACAAGAAAUACCUGUUUGUGCUUAUGCAGAUGACAGUAACCUCUCUUUUCUUUUCUUAUUUCUUUCUUCCCUAUUUUUCAUUUUAUUUUCUUCUUUUGCUUAAAUGUUCUUGUAUUGUUUCUUUUUUAUUAUUAUUAUUUAUCCAACCUGAUGCAUCUCUCUUCUCUAUUUUAAUGAAAAAAGGAACCUUUAAUAAUCCACUUCCUUAUUGUAUCAAAGGGAUAGUUCACCCAAAAAUGAAAAUUCUCUCAUUAUUUUCUCACCCUCAUGAUAUCCCAGGUGUGUAUGACUGACUUUCUUCACCAGAACACAUUUGAAGAAAAACAGAAAAAUAUCUCAGCUCAGUAAGUCCUUAAAAUACAAGUAAAUGGAGAUUUAUCUUUUGAAGCUCCAAAAAUCACAGACAGUCAGCAUAAACAUCAUCGAUACAACUCCAACGUUUAAAUUAAUGUCUUCUAAAGAGGUAUGAUCACGUAGUGUGAAAAAAGAUCAACAUUUAAGUACUUUUUAACUAUAAUCCAAUGUGAGGGUAAGGUUCACGAGAUGGUGGAGUCCAAGCUGUCUCUUGUGUGACGUAUUCGCAUUGACAUGAUACUGAAGUAAUCUCACGUUCUCCACUCGGUUGAGACAUCCAGGAUGAGCACACAAAUGCACCAUUGUGAGUAAAGAAACAGAUAAAUACAGAUCUAAACCAAAACCAACCAAGCUACUGUACAGCGUUCCUCCUCCUCCUCACUUGUAAACAGCGCUGCUCUCCCAGCUGUGACUCACGUACAUCAGUUCUCACGUAUUUCAUAUGCAAAUGUGAUUACGUAACGCGUGUACCGCGUGUACCGCUCCUGACUGGAAGCAUGAUUUAGAGUUAAAAAAAAAAAAAAAAAGUACUUAAAGGUUUAUCUUUUUCACACCAAAAGCAAUUGCUUUAGAAGACACAUUGGUUUUUGGAGCUUCAAAAGAGAAAUCUCUAUUCACUUGUAUUUUAAGGACCUACUGAGAUGAGAUAUUUUUAAAUUUUUCUUCAAAUGUGUUCUGGUGAAGAAAGUAAGUCAUACAUACCUGGAAUAUCAUGAGGGUGAGUAAAUAAUGGGAAAAUGUUUGGGUGAACUAUCCCUUUAAUAUACUGUGUUUUCAAAGAACUGUUGUGGUUCUGAUCAAGUGGGAAGUUUAUUUACCACAAAGCCUCAUCGCAUUACUGUUCCAUUUAUCCAAAAAAAAGGUGGUUUAUGGUACAGUAUACCUCUGAAUGUUAUUAUAUGAUAUCAGAGCUCCACAGGGAUGUUGAGGUCAUGUAAAUGGAAUCCGAGUCUGUUGACUACUGAUUCUCGUUUUUAAUCCAGGUUCAUUGUUUGCCGUCUUUAUUUUGAAAUAUGAUUUUAUUCUAUUUCCUUUCACAAAGAGGGAAUUUAGAAGUUCUGUCCUAACCACUGACCCUGAUUCAGUUCCGUUUCUCACUCUUAAAAAUUAAAGUUACAUGUAAAAGUGAGGGGCUGUUCUUUGACCAGUCUGUUAGAUCGGCUUUAUUUUUACCAUAUGAUGAUGACUAACUUGGACUGAUCAAAUGUUUACAUGGUUGUUCUAUAAUUUGUCUGUAAAGUCAAUGUGAAUAUUGUGUUCCUCUUUUCGUUGCAUUUAUGUAUUAGUCAACUGUUGUAGAGCUAUGUUAUAUUAACAUACUUUAUUAUUUUAAAGGUACAAUCUGCAACUUCUGCAAAUAGUAGAACAAUAAAACAGCCCUCCAAUAUGCAAUUAAAUAACUUGCCAUUUUUAAUGCAUCAUCUUAUAUUGACAGUGAAGCUAUUUAACAUAAACAGAUUGUACUCUUUAAUGGGAUAGUUCACCCAAAAAUGACCCAAACCCCUUUGACUUUCCUUGGAACAUAAAAGGAGAUGUUAGGCAGUAUGAUAGCCUCGGCCGCCAUUCAUUUUCAUUGCAUCUUUUUUCCAUACAAUGAAAGUGAAAGGUGACUGAGGAUGUCAUUCUGUCUAACAUUUUCUUUUGUGUACCAACAAAGAAAAAAGUACAUGACAGAAUUUUCAUUUUUGGGUGACUUAUCCUUUUAAAGCAUAAACAACACCUUGAUUUGCUUGAGUUAUUGUGCUUUGGUUGAGGGAUUUUGGUCUUGGUUCAUUUUUGUUGCUGGUUUUCCCAGAACUGCCCUUUGAUAUUGUGCUGUUUUCUCAACGCUGCUUUGAGGUACUGUACUCUCAACAUCUUACUUCUUCAUGUUUAAGUGCCUUAUUGAUGCUUUUGAUGUUGGUUACACUACACUUAAAAGUAGUAAUAUUUCCAUAUGGGUAGAAUGUAUUACCUGCAGUGGAAAACCUAUAAGAGAUUGAUUAAUCUAAUCUUGCUUGUACCUUUAUUGUCCCCAGUGAACAUUACAGUUAGGCCUUAAAUUGAAGUACAUUUUUACGAUAGUCGAAUGUUUCAGAAAGUAUUGAAAGAGUUCCCUUCAAAUCAGUAUUUCCUGCUCAUGUCAUAAGUGUGUGAUUUAUUCUGUUAUAAAGAUUUGCAGGGCUUGAACACUGUAUAUUUUCAUCUAAAAUAAAUAUGGAAAAAACAUA